AUGUCAUUACCAGGUUCAUUUGACUUAACUCCAGAAGAUGCUAAAUUAUUAUUAGCUGCUAACGUUCACUUAGGUUCUAAGAACGUUCAAGUAUGUAUCGAUGAAAUGAGACAGUGGUAGGGGCCAGUGGAUCGUACGGGAGUGAAAGUAAUAAGAAGGGCCAGAAAUCAACGAGAGAUGUAUGAACGGUGGAUGAGAAGUAUGGAGAGGGCCACAGGAGGAGAUUGGCGUUGAUUUGAUAGUUCGGCCAUGGAUUCAACUACGUAGAUAUAAAAAGAAGAAGAGGGAUGGAAAUAGGCCAUAUGGAUGAAAGAAGAACUGAUAGACCCGUCACGACACCACCGGUGCUGCCAGACUGUCACCGCAUGAAAAAUUGGACUUUUACUAACAUUUUAUAGGUUCACAACAAGCCAUACGUCUACAAGACCAGACCAGACGGUGUUAACGUUAUUAACGUCGGUAAGACCUGGGAAAAGAUUGUUUUAGCUGCCAGAAUCAUUGCUGCUAUUCCAAACGCCUCUGACGUUGCCGUCUGUUCCACCAGAACCUUCGGUCAAAGAGCCGUCUUGAAGUUUGCUGCUCACACCGGUGCCACCCCAAUCGCUGGUAGAUUCACCCCAGGUAACUUCACCAAUUACAUCACCCGUUCUUUCAAGGAACCAAGAUUAGUUGUUGUCACUGACCCAAGAACCGAUUUCCAAGCCAUCAAGGAAUCUUCUUACGUCAACAUUCCAGUCAUUGCUUUGA